AAAAAGGCGGGACUUAAAGCCCAUAGCAACGUUUGGUUGCUUGGGAGUGGUGGCGGCGGUUGAUUCAACAUGGCGGCAGCAACAAGAAGAGUUGAAAGUUCGGGGAUAUUUUGGAUGAAUGGAGCGUCCGAUGACGAACAGCCAUUAGCCUAUGUUCCUGGAGUGGACACUGAUCUAAUGCCAGGCAGCAUCAGUUUCUCCAGCAAAGGAGGAACUAAGACUCGAACCAGACGUUCUGCCUACAAAAAAGAGGCUACACUGAAGAAAUCCAGCAAGACACAUGUCCACUUACAAAACGGGUCCUCCAUUAAGGAAAAAGCUUGCCAGAACAUUGCUGCUGCUGCCAGAGAUCACACUUCCUCCCCAACCCUGGAAACGUUUCUCCCUCCAUCACAGGUAAUCUCUGAAGCCAGCAGAAUUCCGAGCCAGGUUUGUUUAAAGGACCUAUGUGCUGAAGAUAAGCGGCGAAUUGCAAAUCUCAUCGAAGAACUCGCCAGAGUUAGCGAGGAAAAAGAGGAGUCAAUGCAGCGUCUCAAAGAGGAACAGGAAAAGUUUGAGUGCAAGAUCCAACAACUGGAAGAGCGAAAUGUGUUAAUUGCACAGGAGAGGGAGAGCCUGCAGCAGCAGUACAAAGAGUGCCAGGAGCUUCUUGGGCUCUACCAACAGUACCUUUCUCAACAACAGGCUAAGCUCAACCAGUCUAUUGCCCAGGUGCUCAGUACUGAGGAGAUGCCCAGCAGAACGCCUAGCAGAAAAGUUGAUGGGUCACUUUUUGAUGGCUCAUAUCUCAGCCUUCAAGUGCAAAGGAGCGCUGAUGAAGGAAGAGCAGUACAGACCUGCAGCAACCCUGUCUCUGUUUCCUGUGCUACUGCAUUGUGUUCAACCCAUGGGCAAACCAAACCGCAUAGGAGUGAUAAAAGAGAGUGCACUGAGCCACACUCGCAGUCCUGCCAAAGAUGUGAGCAAUGCCAAGUCCAAAACAGUGUCUAUGGAACGCAUCAGUGCAGAGGCUGCAAUGGCCCUCAUCUACAAAAUGGACAGCAAGACCGCUUUAACAAACGCGACUGUGAAAGGCUUCAGAGUGUGAAUGCCAUGGGUUUAAUGAGCGAGGAAACCCUGACCAGACCUCUGCUGGGUCACGAGGACUGGGAGGAGAAGAGGCAUCAGCUGCUGUUGCAGAAGAUGCAGUUGGAGACGGAGAGAGAGCGGCUGCAGGCACGGCUGAUUGAGCAGGAAGAGAGGCUCAACAGACAGCAUCAGCAGCUACAUCAGACGCAUCUUGAUUACUCAAGGUUUGAAAAAGCUACUCAACCUGAACUUAGCAACUCAACCACUAGGACCGGAGAGCCACAGCCGGAGGGUCCCUCCCACCAAGAUUUACCCUCCAGUGUGGCCCAAGAUGCAGACUUACCUCCUACAGAUCAGCACCUGCAUGAAAAAUGCUCACAACCUGCGCCUACUCUUAGAGACAGUGGUAUCCACACAAUUGAGAUCCAUGAGCGAUCCAGAAGGGACAUGGCCACGUCUCCUGCAAAGUCACCCACAAGCCUCAGUAAGCCCACCUCCGUCUCUACAACCCAGAAAACACCAGAUGCCAGGAUGGACUUUUCUGUGGUUGAGUUAUUGGAUAUGUUAAGCCCCGUCCCUGCACCUGAGCAAAGCCAGCUGUCCACCCGGAGGACCACAUCGGCACAACGAAGGCCAGCCCUCACUGCUCCCAAAGCAGUGUGCAGAAGCCAGCGUACUCCUAAUGGACGUUACCCUCAGAGCUCCCAGCAGGACCUAGAGGAAAGCCAAAUACUGGAGGAUAUUUUCUUCAUUUACUGACAAAGAAGUAAACAAGGUGUUGGAAAAAUCAUUUACUUGAAAAUCACCUUGUUUGCCUUACAUUUUAUAAAUUGUUUUCUGCUAACGUUCUUAAAUCAGAAUGAUCAUGAUGUUGUAUAUUGUAAUGUAGUUAUGUAGUGAUUUUUAAUGUAAAUAAACCUAAAUGUCACAGUUGUA